UAUCUUGAAACAAACAAUCACAUCUUCUCCUUUAAUUCCUUCACAUGGCUUCUGGCAACAUAAAAAUCUACGACCACUCCCGCGUCUCUCCGCCGACAUCAACACUUCAAACAUCCCUCUCUUUAACAUUCUUCGACUUGUUCUGGCUCCGCCUCUACCCCGUGGAGCGCAUAUUCUUCUACACCCUCCCUACACCCCUUUCACACCCCUCCACUUUCUUCAACCACGUCGUUCCCACCCUCAAAACCUCCCUCUCCCACACCCUCCAACACUUCCCCGCCCUCGCCGGAAACCUCGUGUGGCCCUCCGGCUCCCCAAUUCCACUCGUCAAAUACACCCUCGGCGACACCAUUUCGUUCGUGGUGGCACAAUCCGAAGCAGACUUCGACCAAACCCUGGACAACUCACCACGCAAUGCCUCGGAGUCACGCGCUUUAGUACCCCACUUGGAAUCAUCUGAUUCUCACGCCGAGGUUCUCUCUCUUCAAAUCACUCUCUUCCCCAACAGAGGAUUCACCAUCGGCAUCAGCACCCACCAUGCUGUCCUCGACGGAAAAUCCUCCACCCUUUUCGUCAAGGCAUGGUCUUCACUAUGUAAAACCAUUAUCGAGUCGGAAUCAGAGCCAAUAAAGUCUCCACCUUUGGUGAAAGGUUUGCAACCUUUCUUCGACAGAACCGUGAUCAAACCCGCGAGUGAAUUAGGUCUCAACAUCACUGAAGAUUGGACUGAGAUAUUAGCAAAAAGGUUCCCUCAAGAUAACGGUGAUGGGCGAUGCUUAAAGCUUCUACCUUCCUCUCCGAGAAUCGAGGACGCGGAUCGUGCCACGUUCGUGCUGACACGAGCGGAUUUGGAGAAGUUGAAGAAAAGGGUGUUGUCCAAGUGGGAGUUGGAAUCGAAAUCGAAGGAUGUUUCGAAGCCAGCUACGUUGUCGUCGUUUGUUGUGACAGUCGCUUACGCGCUAGUUUGCAUUGCGGGGUCUAAUCGAUUUGGGGUUUAUGAAACCGAUUUUGGUUGGGGGAAGCCUGCGAAGGUGGAGAUAGCCUCGGUGGAUAGAGCUAUGACCAUUGGUUUGGCAGAGAGCAAGGAUGCGAAAGGUGGUGUUGAAGUUGGCCUUGUUCUGAAUAAGGAUGUCAUGGAUCUGUUUCGGACUUUGUUUCAUGAAGGAUUGUCCAACGAGUGAUAUAUGGUUUGAACUUUCCAACGUCUCAUCCCAACAUUUUAGUUUGUAUUCAAGAAAAAGCUAAAGCCUGUUUUUACAGUUUACAAGACGUCAAAGUCUUCGGGAUUUGCAACAACAACCAUUCUCUUGCGGAAAUAGAUCCUUUGCACGGAAAAAGUUAGGGCAAUUUUACGCAUUUAAACUAUUAAAUUUGUCACAAUAUAUGACACGUGUAUAUUUAAGUUAAAAUAUAUUUUGUACACGUGUCAGAAUUUGAUCUAUUAUUAUAAAUCUAACGAUUGAGAUUAUUAAAUUA